UCCGGUGCGGGGCGGGCGCGCUGCGGCGGUCGCUGCUGCUUCCUCGGGCCAUUUUGCUCCGCGCGGAGAGACGAGAGGUGGAGAGCCAGGGCUAGAGGAGGCACGGGCCGGAGGAAACGGCGGGCGGCGGACUUUCCGCAUUCGCAGUGUCCGCAGGGGCUUAGCGAUCGCCGGCGAAGGGGGUAGGGGGGCCCCUUCCCGGUCCCUGCACCAUGAGCUGGGGCACCGAGCUUUGGGAUCAGUUUGACAACUUAGAAAAACACACCCAGUGGGGAAUCGAUAUUCUUGAAAAGUACAUCAAGUUCGUGAAGGAGAGAACUGAGAUUGAGCUCAGCUAUGCCAAGCAGCUCAGGAAUCUUUCAAAGAAAUACCAACCCAAGAAGAACUCCAAGGAAGAAGAAGAAUACAAGUAUACGGCAUGUAAAGCGUUUCUUUCCACCCUGAAUGAGAUGAACGACUAUGCCGGCCAGCAUGAGGUCAUCUCUGAGAACAUGACGUCACAGAUCACGGUGGACCUGAUGCGCUAUGUGCAGGAGCUGAAGCAAGAGAGGAAAUCGAACUUCCAUGACGGACGGAAGGCCCAGCAGCACAUUGAGACGUGCUGGAAGCAGCUGGAGUCGAGUAAGAGGCGUUUCGAACGGGACUGCAAGGAGGCUGACCGUGCGCAGCAGUACUUCGAGAAGAUGGAUGCUGACAUCAACGUGACCAAGGCCGACGUGGAAAAGGCACGGCAGCAAGCUCAAUUACGUCACCAAAUGGCAGAGGACAGCAAAGCUGAUUACUCCUCAAUCCUACAGAGAUUCAACCAGGAACAGUGGGAAUACUACCAUACCCACAUCCCCAACAUCUUCCAGAAAAUACAAGAGAUGGAGGAAAGGCGGAUCGUGCGCAUUGGAGAGUCCAUGAAGACCUACGCGGAGGUGGACCGGCAGGUGAUACCCAUCAUCGGGAAAUGCUUGGAUGGUAUAGUGAAGGCGGCCGAGUCUAUCGACCAGAAAAAUGACUCCCAGCUGGUCGUGGAAGCCUACAAGUCAGGGUUCGAGCCUCCUGGAGACAUUGAGUUUGAAGACUACACCCAGCCGAUGAAACGCACGGUAUCAGAAAACAGCCUUUCGAGCUCCAAAGAAGGCAAGCCGGAGCUCAAGUUUGGCGGCAAAUCCAGAGGCAAGCUGUGGCCAUUCAUCAAGAAAAACAAGCUUAUGUCCCUUUUAACAUCCCCCCAUCAGCCUCCCCCUCCCCCCCCUGCCUCUGCCUCACCCUCUGCUGUUCCCAACGGCCCCCAGUCUCCCAAGCAGCAAAAGGAACCCCUCUCCCACCGCUUCAACGAGUUCAUGACCUCCAAACCCAAAAUCCACUGCUUCCGGAGCCUAAAGCGUGGGACUCAGUCUUUGAGUUAUCACAGAGAGCUCAUGAAGAGGACUCUAGGGAAACCCACGCAUGCCUUCGAGGCUAGGGACUAUGUUCUUUCUCUCAAGCUGGGUGCCACACCAGAAGACUUCAGCAACCUUCCGCCUGAGCAGAGAAGGAAAAAGCUGCAGCAGAAAGUUGAUGAUCUCAAUAAAGAGAUCCAAAAGGAGAUGGAUCAGAGGGAUGCCAUCACCAAAAUGAAAGAUGUAUACCUGAAGAACCCUCAGAUGGGAGAUCCGGCCAGCUUGGACCACAAACUCGCCGAGGCCACCCAGAACAUAGAGAAACUGCGGUUGGAGACACAGAAGUUUGAGGCCUGGCUGGCUGAGGUGGAGGGCAGACUCCCGGCACGGAGUGAGCAGGCGCGCCGGCAGAGUGGGAUGUAUGAGGCUCAGACACACCAGACGGUCACUAAUUGCGCCCAGGACCGGGAAAGCAGCCCAGAUGGGAGUUAUACAGAGGAGCAAAGUCAGGAGAGCGAGCUCAAGGUGCUGGCCACGGAUUUCGAUGACGAAUUUGAUGAUGAGGAGCCACUGCCUGCCAUAGGGACCUGCAAGGCCCUCUACACAUUUGAAGGUCAGAAUGAAGGCACCAUUUCCGUGGUGGAAGGGGAGAUGCUGAGCGUCAUCGAGGAGGACAAGGGAGAUGGGUGGACUCGCAUCCGCAGAAGCGAAGAUGAGGAGGGCUACGUCCCUACCUCCUACGUCGAAGUCUAUUUAGACAAAAACGCCAAAGGUUCGUAAAGGCGGUGCACAUGGCCAGAGUUUCCCCGUGGGCCUCCCCAGGAGCCACCAGGAGCCAGUCCACUUGUCCCCAUAAGCCUCCAGCCCCACCCAGGCUGGCUGGGCAUCCUCCAGCCCAUCUGCAAGCUGGCUCUCUAUAAUCCCACGCCCCCUUCUCAUCACAGCAUGCUCCCGUGGUUCUGCCAUCCCCUCUGCCCCUUGUGCUGGCAGGGGCACUUCUCUUCCUCAGCCCCACACAGGGGUUGUCCACCUCACUCCGGUCCCCACCCACAGGGGCCACAAAGACGGCUGGACUUGUGCCCGUGGGUCCCUGCUCCUUCUGGGCUCCCAGUCCACCUGCAGAUUGCCUGGCCAGUCCUUGCACAUUUCACACUGUGCCUUUUGUCAACUGUUACCACUGCUUUCCUGGGUGACAGACAGAAUCCAGACAAGGAAGCCAGUCACGCACUGGGUGGACUGAGCGCCCACCUGUCUCCCGUGUGUCUCUUGGGACAUCAGCAAAUGUGUCCUCCUCUCCAGAGGCUGCUGCCGCAGCCCCUCCUGGCCCAACCAUCCUCCAGCAUCUCAGCAUUGACACCUUCCAUACUUCAUCCCGGUGGGUCUGAGAUGGGACUAGGGCAUCCAGCCCCCACCCACCCCCACUCUGGUUCUAAACCUUCUACAUGGCCCAGGAAGAUCCAUCUUGAAGUCCCGACUCCAGCUUGUGGGCCAGCCCCGUUGUCUGGCCUGAGUCUACCUUCUGUGAGCACUGUCCACCUGUUCGUGGCACCCUGUGGCGGAGGGUCUCACCCCCGCCGGCACAUCACUGUAAAGUGGACCUGUUGAGUCCCAUAAGUAGCAUUCGAGGACUCUGCUAUGUCCCUCACCAAAGACCUUGUGCCUCUUGUGGUCCCUCUGGUGGCUCUGCAGCCACCGCGUCUGCAUUUGACCCUGUGCUCGGGAAGCCCUGUAGAAUGGAUAGAGAUUGCGCUGGAAGCGGUUUUCUCCUCAAAUGAUGGAUCUUGGCGGGAGACCCAAAAUGGCCAUUCGCACCUCAGGGCCGUACAGCUUCUCCCCGUGCCUAGGACAGAAGCACUCAAGACUCGGCCACAAGCCCCUGUGCAGGGCACCCCGUUAGCACGAGCUUGAGGAGGUUGGCAUCCUCCUCUGGGCAGCUGGUAGCUUGGUGUCAUGUCAGAGGAUCAAAGUCUUACAAAGACCACAGAGCCAGGGACAGAAAGGGCAGGACCACAGGGUCUGGCCUGGGCUUUGCCCCAAGUUGUGGAAUUCCGACAUUGUCUGCAAACCAGGGCGGGCACACCACCCUGCAGAACAGCACUGCCAGCAGCAGAGGGAGGGUCCUGGGGGGAGCAGCUGGCUAGGGCCUGGCUUUGGGUUGCAAGAGCAGGCAAGGAUUAGCUUUCUGGCUUUCUCCACGCUGCCUCCUCCCAGGCAAGGCCAAGGUCCUGCACACCGCCCUCUAUGACCCUGCAAAGCUGUCCCAUGAACCGCAGCUUCUGUUCCCUGGGGCAGAUGCACCCUUAGUCACGUGAGGAAGGCUUAGUGAACAAAAUGGAAGCCUGGUAGCUCAGGGUGACUGUCAGGGCCUCAGCUCUGACACAGUUAGCCCACCCUGUGGUCCCUGCAGCCCCGCUUCAGCAGGUCACCAGGCAUCUAUCCUCAAACCUCGGAUUUUCACCAGUUGGUCUGGCCGCUGUCCCCUCUGUGAGGAAGCUGAGUGGUUUUUACAGGUCUGUUUGCAGAUCUUGGUAAUGCAUGAAGGAUGUGUCUCCCAUCUCCUGGGUCAAGAAAGGCUCUUGUCACAACGGUAAACCGGAUAAGCUGCCAGUCCAUGACUGUUAAAGCCUCCGCCUGUUUCCCCUCACUUUCCUUUAACUGCCUGUACUACCUACGUCCAGAAAGUAUGGAGGAUGAGCGUCUUCCUGUUCUCCGAGCUGCACGUUCUCCGAGCUGCACGUUCUGCUGCGGGAAUCCUGUGGAAUCUUACCGGGUGUCGGGGGCAGGGGUGCAGGUUUUCCCCGGAAGCUCUCCACUCCCUCUCCCCGGACCCACUGCCUGUCAUCCCUAGCUGCUAGAGUGCUGUUACAAGAAUGACUCACUGUACAAGAACCUGCCCUGCCGAUGACUUAGAGGCGAAAAUAAAAGGAACUUGACAUUCACCCGGGUUUUUUUUUUUUUCCCUUUGCAGGAUAUGACUGUAGUGGCUCCUCCCUCUAGACUGAGAGUCUCAGCCAGUGGGAUCAGAUCAAAUAUUACACAGGGGGGCCUCUAAUGCCUUCUGGUGACACCUGUAGUACGUAGAACAUAGUAGAAUGUUCACAGAUCUCACACACACACACACACACACACACACACACACACACACACACACACACACCAAGUUCUGUUCUGACCAGUAUUUUUCCAGAAACUGCAUCCUGGUGUUUCCUUUUGAUUUUGUGUCCUGUAUGUAUAACAUCUAGAAUGUCUCUAGUAACGGCCCCAAGUUCUCUUUUAACAUGACAUAGGGCACCUUUUAAAAUGUGUGUGUGUGUAUGUGUGUGUGUGUGCUUGGCCCUGUUGGGAAGGCCUUCAUAGCUGUCAGGUGUCUCUGGAGGGGAAUUAAAACCAACCAAAGGCUUUCAUUAGAAGGCUACUCUCAACCUUGUAAUUAAAUGUUAGUCCUUUCAUGUUAAAUAAAAUAUAACUUCUGACAUA